GCCGCCGGCUAGUAGCAGCGACCACGGUCUCGGGGUUCGUCGGGCCGAGUAUUUAGCCCGCCGCCGCCGCGCCGGCCAGCCAGUAGCGCGCGAGGACCCGUGUUGUAGGCCAGCAGCGAGUGUCCGGCGCGCGCGGGCGACCCUGGGAGACCUCGCCACCGAGCAUUCAUUCGCGCAUCUCUCAAGCUCGCCGCCGAACAUGGAGGCCAACGGCUCGCUGCAGGACACGGGCAGUCGCUACGAGGCGAUCAUGUUCGACUGGGUGGACCACACGCUGUUCGCGCUGAUGCUGCUGGUGUCCACGGUGGUUGGCAUACUGAUCGGCGUGUGCGGCAAGCAGGACACCAAGAUAGACUACCUGCUGGGCGGCAAGAUGAUGAACACCAUCCCGGUGGCGGUGUCGCUGGUGGCCAGCCACUUGUCGGGCAUCACCCUGAUGGGCGUGCCGUCCGAGAUCUACGUGUACGGAGCGCAGUACUCCACGGCGCUGCUGUCGGCCGUCUUCAUGUGCGUCAUCAUCAACUACAUCUACCUGCCCGUGUUCUUCUCGCUGCAGCUCACCUCCACCUUCGAGUACCUGGAGCUGCGCUUCAACCAGAGGGUGCGAGCGAUCGCGUCGAUGGUGUUUACCAUCUCAACAGUGCUGCAUCUGCCGAUAGUGGUAUACGUGCCAGCCUUAGCUUUCAGUCAAGUGAGCGGAGUCAAUAUUCAUCUUAUAACGCCUAUUGUAUCAAUUAUCUGCAUCCUCUACACGAUGAUGGGUGGUCUAAAAGCUGUCGUCUGGACAGAUUUCUUACAGGCCUUUGUAACAGUUGGCUCUUGUUUUGCUGUCAUAAUUCUUGGAAUCAUGAACGUCGGUGGCCUUGGGGCCGUGUUCGAAAGAAGCAACGAAGGAGGCAGAACAGAAAUUUUCAACUUGGACCCAAGCCCAUUCGCGAGAAACACCUUCUGGACCGUGACCAUAGGGAUGACAUUUCUGUGGCUCAGUCAGUGCGGGAUCAACCAAGGGAUGGUGCAGAAGUUCAUCGCGUUGCCGUCCAUAACGAACGCAAGAAGGUCUCUCAUAAUAUUCUGUAUUGGAUACAUGUCAAUGAAAGCAAUAAGCUGUUUCAUCGGUCUUCUGAUUUACGCGUCGUACUACAACUGUGAUCCGAUACAAACAAAGAGUAUUGAAAGGAAAGACCAGCUUCUACCAUACUUCAUAAUGCACACUACUUAUCACCUGCCUGGACUUCCUGGACUAUUUAUCGCAGGCAUAUUCAGUGCCGCCCUCAGCACGAUGUCCAGCCACCUGAACUCGCUGGCGGGCAGCCUGUUCGAGGACUUCGUGCUGCCGUGCAUCAAGGGCACGAGGCUGUCGAACCACGCCACGCUCAUCCUGCGGAUCAUCGUGGUGCUGGUGGGCGCCGUCACCGUGCUCAUGGUCUUCGUGGUCGAGAAGCUGGGGAGCGUGCUCGAGCUUUCCUACAGUGUUGGAGGAGUGACAUCCGGUACAUUGCUGGGUGUUUUCUCGUUGGGAAUCCUGGUACCAUGGUCAAACAUCAAGGGAGCUAUCGCGGGCAGCAUCAGCAGCAUCGUCGUGAUGUCCACGAUCCUGAUUGGCGCGCAGAAGGCCAUCGCGGCUGGGAAGAGACAUGCCGAGCUGAGCACCUCCGUGGAAGGCUGCGACUUUAACGUCACGCACAUUCUUGGAAACACAACAGCAGUGCCGUCCUCCGAGCAGCUGGAAGGGGACAACCUGUUCUUCUUGUUCCGCAUCUCGUACAUGUACUACACGCUGGUGGGGACGUUCAUCGUGAUGUUCGUGGGCGUGGCGGUGUCGUGGGCCACAGGCUGGGACCAGCCCGGCCUCAAGGACCGGCGGCUGUACGCGCCCUGCCUGCACAGGUACACUCAUCGUACACGAAGAGGCGAGGGCAUCAACCCGACUGAAGAAGUUCAUCUUAACACGAGGAGUUCGAACGAAUGAACGUUUUGAAGAAUAAGAAUAGUAAACCCAAGUUUUAUCGAUGAAAGCUGGCGGACUGUUUGUGGACCUUGUGUUGAUAUUAGAUACCUGAGAUGAGUGCAUGUUACCAUAGGUUUUCAGGGUUUCUCCUGAAAGUAAUUAGAUUGAUUGAUACUGGCAAAAUCAAUUUAUUGCAGACACCAUGACUUAGGCUACAUUUAAAUAUCUUCAAAGUAGGACUUCUUUCCAUUGCCCAUACGCAUCCAUGCUGAGACUGCUGACAGCUUGACUCUCCGCCAUGACCACUUUUCGAGCUACCCCGCCUUGGCGACAGGGUGUUUCUGGCCAAGGAAAAAUUUCCAACCUGGCCACAGUCUGCGUCCAGACCAGACCUGUCUCCGUUCCCCCGGCAGCAGAGGGUCAUGAAAGGACGCCAUUUUCCGACCUUUGAAAUCAUUUAAGACGCCACGACGAGGUACCUUUGCCGAAUUCCAGAGAAUGAGUUCCAUAGGGCGUACGAGCAAUGGAAAUAAUGUUGGCAGCACUGUGCAACUUCACAAGGGACCUACCUAGAAUUUUUAUCUUAUGUAUUUUUGUCUGUAGUAAAUUUGUCUGCCAGUAUCAAUCCAAUAAUUUUCCGAUCAAACCUCGUGUGCCAUGUGUAAAAUUUUUGUUUGUUGUAUCUUGAGAAUUCCCUACCCGUAUCAAUGUUUUGUCUCUGGGACAUCGUCUAAGACUAUCAAGAUACUGAAUUAAAUAUGGAGGUUUUGCAUAAUAUGACCGUACUAAGUGAAGCGUAAUCAGAUAACGAAAAUACAGUAGAGUCAACAUGAGUAUUUUGCAUUCACGUCAACAGCACAAAACGCUUAAUGUUUAUGUAAUAAAAAAGUACUACAAGUCUGCUUGAUUUUCAGCAUCAUGUGGUUCGUUGUCGCUUGAAUAAAAGCCGAUGUGAAAGAUCGCUGAGAAAAAGGAUUGUUUGCAUAUGGUGAGAAAAAAAAUGAUUUAAAUAACCAUUCCGAAAAGGAAAGUUUUUGUUCACGGAACGAUUUUACUUCCUCAAAUAAAUUAAUUUUUACGUUAAAAAUACAAAAAAAUAUCAUAAAAUUUUACAAACAGCGAUGUAAACGAAUAAAAAAUAUAUAGGGGAGGACGGGGCAAGUUGACGAGCGGGGCAAGAUGACGAAUGACUUAUUUCCACGUCAUGGCACUAGAUAGCACCACCUAACAGACACUACUAGCGCUCCACACUGGUGGGCACUAAAGAAUCGCACAGUGAAGCCGCUGCCACCAUUUAGUUGCUUGUUAGAUGAUGUUCGUACAUUUGGUCUGACGUAUUGUAAUUUUCAAGAACUUCGAAGUAAUAUCCCAUGGACAAACAGGUAAGAUAUUUGGAUAUUCAAUGCCACACAUUAUUACCUUAGACUAUAUACUUUUCUUAACCACUAUAUAUUGUUAACCUUUUAUUUUUUUUCCUAGCGAAAAAAUCCAAUACUAAUAACAUUGCUGAUCGGGGCAAGUUGACGGGCAAGAUGACGACUCGUCAUCUUGCCCCAAGUGCUUUAUACGGUUUUUGUGGUAUCCACAUACAACUCUUUUAUAACUUUUGUUUGAUUUUCUGAGCUUUAUAAUCUCAUAAGCAAAAUGCAAGUGUCAUCACAAGCUCACCCAUGAAAGCGAUUCUGGUUCAGAGGAGAGCUCAGAGGAUAGAACAAGAACGUUUGAAGCAACAAAGACAAGAGUCUAGAGAAGCCAAAAAAGGAACUUUUACUAAGAAACUGAAGCUCGAUUCUCGAGAAAAAUCCAAGAAGCUCCAACUUUCGACAGGCAUGACUUCAGCUCAAAUAUCCGAAGUGCAGUGUCCAGUGUGUAGUGAGAUUUAUGUCAAUCCUCCAUCAGAAGACUGGAUCGAGUGUUGCAAAUGCCACACAUGGUGGCACGAGGACUGCUCGAACUUUGAAGGAGGAAAAUUUGUGUGCGAUUAUUGUUUAUAAAACACCAACUCUGAAUUAGUUAUGUAAGUUAACUAUUAAUUGUAAUUUUCAACAAACCAAGCCUUUAAUAACAUGCCUUAAAUGUAAAAACGCAUGUAACAAUGUUAAAUUAGUUAGUUUUCAGUAGUUUGCAUUCUAAGAAUAAAUAUGUUUAAACUUG